AUGAAACAAGGUUUGACAAUUCUUACUAAAGUUCCAUUGACUUCGGAAUUUAUACCAAUUCGACACGUACUUUUCAGAUUUUUCGAAUUACCGUGUGUAUUGAACGAUACCUUGAAAUACAUCAAAUCAUUAGAGAAGCGUGAAAUUAUUCAUAAUUAUUUUGAAUUAGCGCUAAUAUUAGGAGAUAAUUUAGGUCUCCAUGAGUUGUUUGGCUUGGUAGAGAGCUUUUCCGCUAAUUAUUUCUGUCGCUUUUGUCUAAUUAAUAAAAAUGAUAUUAAUAAAGUAUUUAAUGAAGAAUUAUGUAACUUCCAAAAUAAAGAUAAUUACUACAAUGGUUUGUUAGUAAAUAAUGUAGCUGCAACAGGUAUAAAAGAACGGUGUUUUUUCCAUGAAUUGUCUGAAUUUCAUUUUACGGAGAAUUUAUCAGCGGAUGUAAUGCACGAUUUUUAGAAGGUGUUUGGUAAUACGAUUUGGCAUUAAUUUUUGAUCAUUUUAUAAGAAAUUCAGAUUGGUAAUUAAAUGAACUAAAUUCUUUGAUUAAC